UUGAAUUGUUUCAGAAGUCCAAAUCUUUGGAGAUUUAUCAUGGAUUUGGGGCAAUGUUGUCUAGAUGGGAAUGCUGAUGCUGUGGAGUUCUGUUCUCACGAGGGGUUUCAGAACAUUCUAGCUGCUUGUACAUACAAUUUACAAGAGGGUGAUCAGCCAAGUCGAUCAGGGAGCAUCACUUUGUUUGAUGUCAAUGGUAUUAGCCGCAGUCUUAAUCGAAUCAGUAGUGUUGAGACUGCUGGUAUUUUUGAUAUUAAAUGGAACCCGGUUGGUGCAAGUGCGAGUCCUUUGCUUGCUCAAGCUGAUGCUGAUGGGUGCUUGAGGAUUCAUGGCCUCGAGUGCUCUUCAGACGGACCAAGUUUGACAGGGGCCUUACUCAAAGAGAGCUGUGGCAUUCAGAUCAGCUCUUCAAUGUGCCUUUGCUUGGACUGGAAUUCCUCAGCCACAUCACUAGCUGUUGGGCUUUCUGAUGGUUCUAUCUCUGUCGCAUCUCUUACAGAAUCACAACUCAUUGAAGAUCGACAAUGGAAAGCUCACGACUUUGAGGUUUGGGCAGCUUCCUUCGACACCCACCAGCCAGAUAUUGUAUAUACUGGUUCUGAUGACUGUAAAUUCCUUGGUUGGGAUCUAAGAGGUGAUCUUUCAAUGCCAGCAUUCCAGAAUUCAAAGGUUCAUACAAUGGGCGUUUGUUGCAUUGUCAAGAACCCUAAUGAUCCGUAUUCUCUACUUACUGGUUGCUAUGAUGAACACUUGAGGGUAUGGGAUGUUAGAUCAAUCUCAAAGCCCGUGAAUGAAACUUCAGUUUGUCUGGGAGGCGGAGUUUGGAGGAUUAAGUAUCAUCCUUUUGUUAAGGACGUUGUUUUAGCAGCUUGUAUGCAUAAUGGAUUCUCCAUUGUCAAACUAAACAAUGAGAAUCCCGAGGUGAUCGAGACAUAUAACAAGCAUGACUCGCUUGCUUAUGGAGCUGAUUGGCAGAAAUGCAGAUCAGAUCAGGAAGGGAGGAGAGAAGAUAAUGUGGUGGCUACUUGCUCGUUUUAUGACAAGAUGCUCCGAGUUUGGAUCCCUGAGGGGGAUAUUCUGGCUUGAUGCUAUGGUUCUAAUUGUAUCAAAACUCGAAAAUAUUAAGUUUUUCAAGUCAUCUUAGAUUAGGUAUGGUUGUUGGAACUAACUCUUUUGAUUGUUUUUCUUGAAUUUACAUUCUCGGAAAAAAGUCUCUCUUUAUCUGUCAUUCACCCUCAAAAUUACAAGUGGGUGGGACAUAUUAUUGAAAUUUAGUGUUAAUUGGAUUCCAAA